UGGUGGGCUGGCACCGCAGAACCAGCGGAUCUGUUCUUCGUUAUGUUUUUCAGUGUCGGGUGGAGUCUACAUCCCGUCGCAUCCCUGCGGGCAAGGAGGAGGAUUUAUCCCCCCCACCAUUACUUUUUUAAUUGACUGUUUCUUACUGCCAGACAUCGAAAUACUCCAAAAAAAGAUGACGACGACAACCACCUUUCAAGGAGUGGAGCCUGGUGCUAAAAGUAGUUCCAGGGUACUACGACCGCCGGGUGGGGACUCCAGCUUCUCCUUUGGCACAGAUGACAACACAACGCCCCAGCGCAAGAACAAGAUGGCCUCCAGCAUCUUUGCAGAACCUGAUGACCCUCACGCUCAUCGGAGGAACAAUCCACCUAGCGGGGCGCCUACAGGAACCCUGUGCGGCGAGCCGUCGGCCCCGCUGAGGCGAGUACAGCAGCCUCUCCUCUUCCCCAAGAACCCGGAGCCGGAGCUGACCACCAUCCACAACUCUGGGGCCGCCUUGGUCUGGAAUCAGAGACGAGAGGUACCAGCCGUUCACCCUUUCAAGACUUUGUUUCCAAAACAGAGCCGCAGCCAAGUACCAGGCUGAAAAAAAAACACUGUCAUAGAUUAACUUUAAUUCUAAACAGUUCAGUGGAAAAAGUCAU